AUGGAACGCUCAAAGGGAACGCUCAAAAGAGAACGCUCAAAAGGGAACGCUCAAAAGGGAACGCUCAAAAGGGAACGCUCAAAAGGGAACGCUCCAAGGGAACGCUCAAAAGGGAACGCUCAAAAUGGAACGCUCGAAUGGAACGCUCAAAGGGAACGCUCAAAGGGAACGCUCCAAGGGAACCCUCAAAAGGGAACGCUCCAAGGGAACCCUCAAAAGGGAACGCUCAAAAUGGAACGCUCGAAUGGAACGCUCAAAAGGGAACGCUCAAAGGGAACGCUCAAAAGGGAACGCUCCAAGGGAACGCUCAAAAGGGAACUCUCAAAAUGGAACGCUCAAAGGGAACGCUCAAAAGGGAACGCUCAAAAGGAACGCUCAAAAGGGAACGCUCCAAGGGAACGCUCAAAAGGGAACUCUCAAAAUGGAACGCUCAAAGGGAACGCUCAAAAGGGAACGCUCAAAGGGAACGCUCAAAAGGGAACGCUCAAAGGGAACGCUCAAAAGGGAAGGCUCCAAGGGAACGCUCAAAAGGGAACUCUCAAAAUGGAACGCUCAAAGGGAACGCUCAAAAGGGAACGCUCAAAGGGAACGCUCAAAAGGGAACGCUCCAAGGGAACCCUCAAAGGGAACGCCCAAAAGGGAACGCUCAAAGGGAACGCUCAAAAGGGAACACUCAAAGGGAACGCUCAAAAGGGAACGCUCAAAAGGGAACGCUCAAAAGGGAACCCUCAAAGGGAACGCUCAAAAGGGAACGCUCAAAAGGGAACGCUCAAAAUGGAACGCUCAAAAGGGAACGCUCAAAAGGGAACGCUCAAAAGGAAACGCUCCAAGGGAACGUUCAAAAGGGAACGCUCAAAAGGGAACGCUCAAAAGGGAACGCUCAAAAGGGAACGCUCCAAGGGAACGCUCAAAAGGGAACGCUCAAAAUGGAACGCUCGAAUGGAACGCUCAAAGGGAACGCUCAAAGGGAACGCUCCAAGGGAACCCUCAAAAGGGAACGCUCCAAGGGAACCCUCAAAAGGGAACGCUCAAAAUGGAACGCUCGAAUGGAACGCUCAAAAGGGAACGCUCAAAGAGAACGCUCAAAAGGGAACGCUCCAAGGGAACGCUCAAAAGGGAACGCUCAAAAUGGAACGCUCAAAGGGAACGCUCAAAAGGGAACGCUCAAAGGGAACGCUCAAAAGGGAACGCUCCAAGGGAACCCUCAAAGGGAACGCCCAAAAGGGAACGCUCAAAGGGAACGCUCAAAAGGGAACACUCAAAGGGAACGCUCAAAAGGGAACGCUCAAAAGGGAACGCUCAAAAGGGAACCCUCAAAGGGAACGCUCAAAAGGGAACGCUCAAAAGGGAACGCUCAAAAUGGAACGCUCAAAAGGGAACGCUCAAAAGGGAACGCUCAAAAGGAAACGCUCCAAGGGAACGUUCAAAAGGGAACGCUCAAAAGGGAACGCUCAAAAGGGAACGCUCAAAAGGGAACGUUCAAAAGGGAACGCUCAAAAGGGAACGCUCAAAAGGGAACGCUCAAAAGGGAACGCUCCAAGGGAACCCUCAAAUGGAACGCUCAAAAGGGAACGCUCCAAGGGAACGCUCAAAGGGAACGCUCAAAAUGGAACGCUCGAAUGGAACGCUCAAAGGGAACGCUCCAAGGGAACGCUCAAUUUAGGAUGUAACGCAAUUGGGUAG